UUUUAACCAGUUUUCAGAACGUGCUCGACGCCGUAGUCAGGCAGACGAAGUGGCACCAACGAGCGAAAUGAAACUAGUCUGAAAUCCCCGUAAACACAAGAAAGCAGAGGGAGGAGAAGGGAGAAAAGGAAUCGGAAGGAAGGGAGGAUAUUAAAGAGGAGAAAAGUAGAUGAAUGCCAAAGGCAGAAAGAUCCUUAGCAAUGGCAAGUGACCCCCACAACCGCUCCCGGACGCCCCGUGAUGAGGAUGACGACGAGGAGGACCCGGUGGAGGCGAUGAUUGCCAAGACGGGGUGUUUGGAGAAGCACUAUGCUGUCCAGUUUUGUAUGGCAGAUAACAAGGACUGGAGGAAAUGUCAAGCAGAAGUGAAGGAUUUCCAGCUCUGCAUUUCAGACUAUAACAAGAAUAAAGCAAAAUAGUUUGUCUUUCUGACAUUAAAUGUGUUACUACGAGUGCAAUUGAAAUAUUGUCCAAAAAAUACCAGAAAGACUAUGGAUGACCUGAAUGGAGAGCAUUCAACUGUAAAAUACUUACACCUUCAAAAAUUUAGCCUUAUGGUGACUAGUUUUUUAGCGGGUCUCUACAUUGGAAGGAAAAUGAGUAAUACUGUGACCAGAGUGAAGAACCUUGUUGUUACCGGACCCAGCAAGUUGGUGCUUGUUGUUCGUCAUGAUUUGAAAAUGGGAAAAGGGAAAACAGCAGCUCAGUGUAGCCAUGCCACACUAGCAUCCUACAAAAAAAUGCAGAAGCUAAACCCUCACAUCUUGCAAGCGUGGGAGGACCUUGGUCAGCCUAAAGUUGUUGUAAAAGCAACUGACCUUAACCACAUAAACAAUUUGUCACAGUUGGCCAAGGCAGCAGGAAUAGAAACUACACUUAUUUAUGAUGCUGGAAAAACUCAGGUGGAAAGGGGUUCAGCAACAGUCUUAGCUGUAGGACCUGCAUCUGUAGCAGCUGUUGAUAAGAUAACAGGAAAUCUUCCUCUACUCUAAGGUUUCCAUAUAUUACCCAGUAUAUGAUUUUCUUCUUUGUAUAUAUGAAUUUUUAAAUAAACAAAAAAUAUUU